AUGUCCAUAGAUAAUAUUGUCAGUGGUUUCCGAGCUACUGGAAUCUAUCCUUCCAAUAAGGAGGUGAUUCCUUUGUAUGCUUAUGCUCCCAGUUUACCAACAUACCGUCCACCUGAAACGACGACAGCGCAAAAUACUGAAAACAAUAUCCAGGAAUGGGAAGCGGAAGAUUAUAUUCCUUUAGCAUUAUUACAAGCUACAGCUAGGAAAAUAGAACAGAUAAGGCUUCCAAUUCAUUUACACAACACUUGA